AUGUUAUCAAACACUGUCCAAAAUUGUUAUGAUGAUUUAGCAAUUCAAAUCCGUAAAUUAUCAAAAAAAAGUAUUACUAUGCUUGGAGGUGCAUAUACUGCUUUGGUUAAUAAUGGUCAGUUCAACAAAAAUGAUGUUGUCCUAUUAACGAAUUUAUUUUAUACUUUUCUAGAAAGUAGCCAAUCUGAAAAACAAGAAAAACUUUCUAAAUUAUUAGAAGAUGAAAAGAAAAGUGUAACCUCAUCCCCUAAAUUAAAAACAAACACUGAAAAAAUAGUGGAGAGGGUUGGGGCCAAUGCAGUAAGUCAAACACAAGACCCAGGAGAACUACCAAAAGGAAGUGUAUUAGAAAACACAAACCAGCCUAACAAAGAUAAUACGUUAUCAGAGUUUCUCCAGAAAAUAAUUGACCUUUAUUCAUCUGAAACCAAUAAACAACUGUUUUGUAAUAUCUGUCAACAACUCCUAAGAGAAGUGGUUAUACAAUUAACUGUUGUACCUGCUAUAGACAACGAAAUGAAAGAUCGAUUCAUUCAGUUUAUUAAACAAAUAAAUACUAUCCAGUCAGGAUAUUUAAGUCUAGACUCAGUAUUUACAAAUAAAUUUACUGGUAAUGAAACAACAAAAUUAAUUCAAGAAGAAACAAAUUGUCUGUACUAUUCCUUUAUUAACGAAUUUAAGAACUUACUUACUGAGACAAGCAAAAAAAACAGUUCCAAGACAGUUAACGAUUUUUAUAAUGGCCUAAACCAACUAUUACAAGAAGGAACUCUCCAAACACAACUACGUUAUCUUCAUAAUAAUGAACAUUUUAAAAAAGCUCAAACAUUAAUAGACAGUGUAUUAAAUAAAGAAACUAAGAGAGAUAGGAAAUCAGAAGUCAAACAAAAAAUUUUGAGAUUACUUACUGAUAAGAAUCCUAAUCUACUUUUAAAGGCUGAUAACUUAGAGGAAUUUGUUGACAAUAUUCUCAACACUCCUGAUUUCACAAAAGCCUCUAAACUAAAUUCCAAAAUAAAUGAAUUGGAAAAAAAAAAUAAUAAUGCCAUUCAUAAAAAAGAAGAAUUAGAGAAUGAAAUUAAAAAAGCAAACGUUAAUUUAAAUAAGAUUCAUGAAAUUAUUGAAUCUUAUUCAGAGCCACUACAAGAAGUUAAAAGGGAAAAAGAUGCACUUAUUAAACAAAUAAAAGAAUAUGACUCAAUUAAGGCUCAAAGUAUUGCUAUUCCAUUUGAAUUAUGGUAUCUUGAAGCUAAUUACACAUGCAUUAUUUUUAUAGGAGAAAGAAAGAAACGAAUUAAAUUUGUUCUUCAAUUAAGGCAUAGUAAUAAAAAUGGAGAACUAAUACAAAUUAGGAACAACAUUUAUACUAGAAUAUAUUUCACUCAUAAACACUUUAGAAGAGAAGGUGAUGAUGUUGUUUAUUACAUUAACGAUAGUGACAUUCCUAAAGAUCGUAGAGUAAAUGUCAUACAUCCAAAUGGGUCUAGGUACCAAUACUCAUAUGUCAAUUUUAAAGAUAAUCAAAUUAUUACCGAAGGCCGUGGAUUUACGAAUGAUUUGAAUUCUUCUAAAGGAAGAUUUAUUAUAAGAAAAGUAAGUAACAUCAAUUUAUUAUCUCCUAGUGAAAAUGAACUAAUUAAGAAAAGAGAAGAUGACGCUUCAAAAAUAAAGGAACUUAUCGAUAGAGAAGAUGGUAUUAACUAUAAUAAAGAAAGUGCUAACAAAAAAUUGGAAAAUUAUAAUUCUACUAUUUCUCAUUUAGAAGAGCAAAAACAAAAGUAUGAUAGUGACCUAAAUUCAUUUAAAGAAGAAAUAAAAGACCUACGACUUGAAUUAAGCCAGGAAGAGAAAAGAAUUAAUGAAGAUAGUUCUAAGGAUCUCGAUAAAAUUCGAAAGAAAAUUCUAGCUAAGGCUAUUGAAGAAAACAGAAUUAUUAUAUACUCGUGUAACCAUAGUAACGAAAUUAAAUUUAUCGAUGCAGCUGAGGGCUCUGGCAUUAAAUUUUCAAUUAGUGGACAGAGUAUAUGUUUUUUAGACUCAAAAGAAAAGGACUUAAGAACAAAAGAAGGCGAGCGGUGGUCGUCGAUCUUGUCUGGUAAAUUACUAACUUUCUAUUAUCAUCUUAUCGAAGAGCUAAAGUUUACUAACAAAGAAGAGGCAGUGCCUAAUGAUAACAUCAUCUUUGAAACCCUUUUCAGUGAUCAACAAAUUAUCAUUUUUAAUGUAGACAUUCCUAGUUCUUAUAAUGAAAAAUACAUCCCUAUUGCUCCCUGUAAAAGAAAGGCUUUUGACAUGGAUGAACCAAAUCGUUUUAUGGUAUUUCCAGUUAAAACACCUAAGUGUCCUACUAGAUUCGUCUUUAAGAAUGGUUAUUACUCUGGAACUCCAGAUGGAGGUAUUAUUCUUAUUAAUGUUUCAUUCAAAGAAGAUGAGCAGAAUUUAGGAGUUAGUGAUAAUAUUUUACCAUCAGUGUCUCCUCGUAAACCUCUUAAAGAAGGUGAAAAGAGAACAGAACAACUCUCAGUAGAAAAUUCUUCCAAAGCUAAACAACAACAACUUAAGAGUUCAACUACAGACACUCAAAAAUCCCUAGGUAUUUCAGAUAUAUGGGAGCUAACUUUUAAGGACCAAUCUAGUGAUGUGUAUGCAUUUAAAAAAGAUGGUAAGAUGUAUGGAACUAAACUUAUCAAGACUUCCUCCAAAAGUGAACAGAAACCAGGCGAUGUGUUUGAUUAUCAAAGUGAAGGCUCUCACUCCUCCGCCCUUGGUGUGUAUUGUCUAAGGUCUGUAGAUAAAAGUAAGAAGAAGAACUACAAAAAAUGUCUUGAUAAAGAGCUAGAGUUUCAUUUCCCUGAAAAUUUCAAAAAAACUUACAACAAAGAUUUUUUUGGAGUAAAGACUAGUAUAGGAAGUGAUUACUCAACAAAUAUAAGUGACACUUCAAUAAUUCUACCAAUAGAAUCCAGUAGGGUAGGAAAUAAAUAUUAUGCAAUAUUCGAGUAUGAACCAAAUAGAUAUAUUGGCGUUACUUUUAAUUUUAGUAAUUAA